AGUAGCCAGUAGCACCAGCAAAUAGGAACUAUUCUGUGGAGGUACCCCAAACCAAAUAGGAAAAUACCGAAAAAUAUAUUAAGCUUUGGGUUUGCUAUGGCCGAUGAAUAUGCAGCUGUUAAAAGAGGGAAAUUGAUACUCAAAGGAGAUAAACCCAAGGCAAAAAAACGCAAACAUAAGAAAAAAGAAUCAUCAGAAGAUGCGAAAGUUGACGAGGACAGUCUCAAACAUGGUGGAUGGUGGAAAGUGAACAGAAUCGAAGAUAUUUCAGGAUCCAUAUCUAUAGAGUUUGGGAAUAAUGCCUACAUCUCAGCUUUGGAUAAUGGGCUUUUCACCAUUGGGGCUCCGCAUGGAGAUGGUGAAGGCCCAUCGCCGGAAGAAAUUUUUACAGCAUUUCCAGCUGGAGAAAAUAAGUUUGCACUGAAAUCUGGUUAUGGGAAAUAUUUGGGUGUGUCAAAGGAUGGAGUUGUGAUAGGAAGGUCGGAUGCUGUGGGGGCUAUGGAACAGUGGGAGCCAGUGUUUCAAGAUGGAAAGACAGCCAUUCUCAGUUCUUUAAAUAAGUUCAUGUCGGUCAACAGCGAAGACUCGGUGGUAGCACAGAACCAGUCUGCUGGCGAUAUGGAGUUCUGCAGCAUACGGAGCAACAAGACACGAGAGGUGAACACUGUGGUGUUGCCAGCUGAAGAGCAGGGCGACUUGGCUGAGGUUGAAGUUAAUUAUGUCAAAAAGUUCCAGAAAUUCCAAGAUAAAAAGCUCAGAGUCAAUGAUGGCGGCAUGAUCGAGCUAAAAAGAGCCAAAGUGGAAGGAAACCUGCACGAGACCCUUCUCGACAGGAGAAGCAAGAUGAAAGCUGAUCGAUAUUGUAAAUAGUGCCUUUUUUUAUUACUUCCUGGUUAGGUACGCCAUUACUUCCACCAGACAGGCGAUCAGUCUGGUGCUUGCGCUCAAAAACGCGAGGCCAUUCUGGAACUAUUUCACCCUGAGAUGUUUUUUGGGUGCGGGUUAACUGGUAACCCUGUUGAUGCUAUCAAUUUAAAAUCAAUAAAGUAAAUUAAGAUUAA